AUGAGCUCAGCCGACGUCAGCGAGUACGAGGCGAAGCGCUUGCGCCGCAUCGAGGAAAACCGCAAGAGGCUCCAGGCGCUCCACCUCCCCACACUCGCGACGCCCUCGCCCCCGACGUCGAAGCACAAGAAGCGAAAGCGAGACGUCGAAGAGAAACCACUGGAACCAACGCGAAAGUCGUUGCGUCAACGGAAAUUGCGGAGACUCGAGAGACAGCAACGGAAGCAAGAAGAAGAUCAAUUUAAGCAGGAAACACGAGAGCGCGCCAAGUCUGACAAGAACGAACGCAAACUAUUUGAAAAAUGCGAGAAGAAGAGGCUAAAAGAGCUCGCAAAGCGGAACAAACUCGAUAAAAAGUUGCAAAAAGUGUCACGAAAAGAAAAAUUAGUGCAGCUCGAGAAUGGCGCAUUGAAACGUCAUCUAGAGCCAUCGCAGCAACCAGAACAGCAACCGAGGAUUCACGACUGGCGAUUGAGGAGGAAACUGCAGGCCCAAGCGGAGAGGCGGCAAGUGGCGCUGAAGAGACGAGAGGAACGAAAGGUACAGACAGAGAAGAAGAACGAGGAGAAAUUAGAGAUGAAGCAUAAAAAACGGGAGUUUAGAAAGGAGCAGCGAGCGAAAGAGCGGAUGGAGAACAGUUUCUUAAAGGAAGUCGAGAAGCAGGUGAGAUUCGAGGAGCUGGAGCUCAUGCGGGGCGAGGAUCGACUGUCUCGACGGUAUGCCAAACAGCUCAAGAGAGAGACGAAGCACAGGGAACGCCAAGAGAAAGUAGCUGCGAAAAGUAAGCUGGAAGAGGACAUGUGGUUGAAGCGAAUGGAACUGGAACGUCAAGCCGCAGAGCUAAAAGCAGAAGAAAGACGCAGACGGAGUCGUGAAAAGGAGAGAAGAAAGAAGGAAGCGCUCAGUAGAGAGUUGUACCCUGUGCGGCAGGUGGAUCUGCCUUACGUGCGCAUCACAAAGACAACAGAAAAGGAUACAAGCAAGCCCAGCUCACUGCUGAAAGUGGACGUCAACCUGUUCCACGGAUUCUCUCUGGGCAAGCAAUUCCUGCCUCCAGGCAAGCAAUCCGUCAUGCAGGCGCUGUGUCCUGCUGGAUAUAAUCCAGAGUUUCAAAGGGAAGGCGAUAUCCACAUCUGGCGAAACGCAACGACUCUUUUCAUGAAUGCCUCUAGCGCGGUAUUUUAUCGGUAUAUGUUUCAAGAAGUUAUGAGACAUGGCCGCAAGCACGUAUUUUUCCGAUGGGCUCGAUGCCAAGGCGUCACGCCACCGAUUCUGGAGCGACUGCGUCAAGUACAAAAAGGAGCAGAACAUUUUCGCAUUGACGACAAUUACUACGAUCUCCCGAAUUUAAUCGACCCGGAACCCAAACCGCUGCUGCUUUUCAUCCAAUUCCCCAAGGGACCCUAUAUCUAUUGCGGACGGCUCGGCUUCCUCGGCUACCGAUCCGACCCGCUAGAGUUCUCCUUCCAGCUACUCGACGUCAGCGCGCUGAACUGGGGGCAACUUCGUCGACUCAGCAUGAAGAGUGGCGAUGAUACUGAAGCGCUGAGCGAGUACGAGGCCAAGCGCCUUCAGCGCAUGGAGGAGAAUCAGCGAAUGCUUGCUUCACUGGAGCUGCCCUCGAUGUCUCGACGCUCGCUGCGGCCCCUUGUGGCCAAAUCUGCUGCCAAGUUGGAGCCAACGAGGAGAUCCUCGCGCCAGCAGAAAAGGCGCGUCGUCGCUGAGCAGCAAGCGCAGGAGCGGCAACUGGAAGAGCAACGGCAACUCGAGCGGCAAUCAGCGCAGAGAAAAGAACGCGAGGCUCAAAUUGUACUAAAACGACAACAAAUUGAGCUCGAAAGGUACCAACAAAAACUCCAAAGGGAGCAGCAGAAAGAGGAGGAAAAGAGGAAAAAGCAAAAAAUAAAAAGCCAAAAGGAGGAAGAGCGGCGACAGCUUAGAAAUCGACAGCUGAAGGAGAUCGAAGAAGAAAGAUCCAGGGAAUGGAGACAGCACAUGAAAGAGCAGGAGUCGCAGAGGCGACUGGAAGUGGAAGCACUGAACGAACCUUCCCCCGAAGUUGUCGACCAGAGGAACGCCGAGUGCAAAUGA